ACAUUCACCUGGAAACAAACACACCACACACUCUACACACUCACAGACAGGACUUUCACCAAACUCCAGCCAUGUUUUUACAGUACUUAUUUUCCCUUGAUUUUAUGAGCUGGUUGAUAGGAAUUUUUCUUUUCCUGCUGCUUGUCGACAUCAUCAGGAAUAAAAAUCCAUCUAAUUUCCCGCCAGGACCUCGUCCUCUGCCGUUUGUGGGAAAUAUCUUCACUGGGCUUGACUUCAGAACUAUAGACAAACUCGCUGAGGAGUAUGGGGAGGUUUUCAGCCUGAGAUGGGGCAGUGAGAAAAUGGUGUUUAUCUCUGGGUAUAAAAUGGUGAAGGAGGCCCUCAUCACUCAGCUGGACAGCUUUGCUGACCGUCCUAUCAUCCCCCUGUUUCAUCCAUUCUUCAAAGGACUUGGUGUUGUCCUCAGUAAUGGGUACCUGUGGAAGAUGCAGAGAAAGUUUACCAACAUAUACCUGCGUAACUUCGGUGAGGCAAAGAAGAAUUUUGAGCUGAGUAUCCAGCAAGAGAGCGUCUUUCUGUGUGAAGCUUUCAAAGAGGAAAAAGGUCCUUUUAACCCUCAGUUUUACGUGAACAAUGCCAUCGCAAACAUCAUCUCUGCUGCAGUGUUUGGACGCCGCUUUGAAUAUCAUGAUGAGCGUUUCCUUACUGUCUUGUGUUUGGACUCUGAAGCCCUCGUAUUGGCAGGUUCUGUUCGGGCUCAGCUGUACAACGCCUUUCCACGUCUCUUUAACUUUGUUCCUGGCCCCCACAAGAAGAUUUUUGCCAACUAUGGCAAAAUUAUAGAUUUCUUAAGAGAUGAAAUUAAAAAGCACAAGGAGGACUUUGAUCCGUCAAACCCGCGGGACUUCAUAGACGCUUAUCUAAUAGAAAUGGAAAAGAAAAGCAGUGACCCUGAAGCUGGCUUUAACAUUGAGACAUUAGUAGUGGCUACACUGGACAUGCUUGAGGCAGGAACAGAAACCGCGGCCGCAACAAUUCGGUGGGGUCUUCUCUUCAUGAUGAAAUACCCAGAGAUACAGAAGAAGGUACAAGAAGAGAUAGACAGAGUGAUUGGGCAGUCACGUCAACCCAGCAUGGCUGACAGACCCAACAUGCCCUACACUGAAGCGGUCAUCCAUGAGAUACAAAGAGCAGGCAACACUACUCCUUUGGGUUUCCCUAAAAGAGCCUCUAAAGAUGCAACACUGGGAGGGUACUUCAUACCAAAGGGCACUGCAGUGACUACAAACCUGUCAUCUGUGCUUAACGACAAGACCAAGUGGGAAACCCCAGACACCUUUAACCCAGGACACUUCCUUGAUGAACAAGGCCAAUUCCGCAAGAGAGAUGCCUUUCUGCCCUUUUCAGCAGGUAGGAGGGUGUGUGUAGGGGAACCGCUGGCACGUAUAGAGCUCUUCUUGGUCUUCACCUCUCUGCUACAACGCUUUACAUUCUACCCAGGCCCGGGAGAGAAGCUGAGCCUGGAGGGUCUGAUGGGUUUCAUGUACGUCCCCAGCCCAUAUCGCAUGUGUGUGAUUCCACGCUGAGUUCCCAUAGACAAAGACAUGAGAUACACAAUAUGGACAAAAGUAUUGGGACACCUACACAUUACACCUACAGGAGCUUUUAUGAUAUCCCAUUCUAAAUCCCUAGGCAUUUAUAUGGCGUUGGUCCCCCUUUGCAGCUAUAACAGCUUCCACUCUUCUGGAAGCUUUCUACAAGAUUAUGGAGUGUAUCUGUAGGAAAUUUUGCCCAUUCAUCCAGAAGAGCAUUUGUGAGGUCAGACACCUGGCUCGCCAUCUCCGUUCUAGUUCACCUCGAAGGUGUUUGAUGGGGUUGAGGCCAGGGCUCUGUGAGGGUUAGUCAAGUUCUUUCACACCAAACUCACCCAGCCAUGCCUUUAUGGGACCUUACUUUGUGCACUGGGGCUCAGUCAUGCUGGGACAGAAAAGGGCCUUGCCCAAGCUGUUCCCACAAAGUUGGAAUUGUAUACAAAAUGUUUUGGUAUGCAGAAGCAUUAAGAUUUCCCUUCACUAGAACUAAGGGGCCUAGACCAACCCCUGAAAAACAACCCCACAGCAUUAUCCCUCCUCCACCAAACUUUACAGUUGGCACAAUGCAGUCAGGCAGGUAAUGUUCUCCUGGCAUUCGCCAACCCCAAACUUGUCCAUCAGAUUGCCAGAUAGUGAAGCAUGAUUUGUUACUCCACAGAAUAGGUUUCCACUCCAGAGGCGGCAUGCUUUACACACAUGCUGAACUCAGUAACCAGGAGGGGUGUACCAAUACUUUUGCCCAUGUAGUGUAUAAUAUAAGUGGAGAAUUUUUCAGAGAAUGCUGCAUGAACUAUACAAACUAGACAGGUAUUCAGCAAGGGUAAACAUCAAGAUAUGCUGACAAAAGGGAUAAAGUUAAGGUUUGCACAAAAGUUUAUUUCAGAAAUGUUUUUAAGCUUUGAAAACCUUUUAAGUAAAAAUUGCUGUUCAUUUCAUUCAACCUUGCAAAAUUUAAAUACUGUCCCACUUGAGUUUGUAUAAUUUACCUCAACAGGUUUUAAAUGACAUCUUUAAAGCUUACAGAACGACUGAACUGAGCUGAAAUUCUUUAUCUUUGAAAUGUAAUCUUGAGUCAUUUUUAAUUGUUCUUCUAAUUGUAUGUUUUGAACUGUAAAAAUGUUGGAUGUUGUGAAUAUUGCCUAAAUAACCCAAGGAUGUUGUCGAUUAAGUUUGGUUUUUAUUCUACAAAAUAAUAUCGGGUUCAAGGAACUUGAUUUCUGCAUUUGUAUUUUUAUUGCAGCAUGUUGUAACAUUUUGAUAAUACUUUUUUUGAAAGCUACCUUUAUAUAUUUGCAUGUGUGGGACUUCAUAACAUGUGCAUAAGCAUUAAAAGAUGUAUAUAUAAAAUAGUACUUGAAUCAAAUUCAAAAUGGGUAAAUAAAUAUGUUUAAAAAAACAA